AUGGCCGUGAAAUCCGCCGACGCUUCUUAUUCCAGUACGCUCCAGAAAGAGAAGGAGGUCAUGACCGACCUGAGCGCCAGCCCCUACGUCAUUCAGUGUUUUGCAGACGAGACGACCGUGGGGGACAACGGCUUGUUAGCGUAUAAUCUGCUGCUGGAGUAUGCCUCCGGGUUACCGGAACUCGAGGUGAAGAUGCUUGCGCGGUCUAUUCUCAGAGGGUUGAGCCACGUCCACGAGUCUGGAUACGUUCAUUGUGAUCUAAAGCCCGAUAACAUUCUACUAGUGCCAAAAUCCGGAGGAUUCAUGGCGAAAAUCGGGGACUUUGGCCUGGCAAAGAGGUGGAAACAACACUCAAGGAAGAGGAAACGAGCGGGGCCCGAGCCCAUGUAUUUGUCCCCCGAGGCCGUGGCAGACUCCGAUCAAGAGGCGCCGUCUGACAUUUGGGCAGUUGGGUGCAUUGUGCUUGAGAUGCUGACAGGGAGGCCGCCAUGGGAUGGAAAGAAAGAGGAAAUUCUGGAAAGAUUAGGGGCAGGACAGGAAAUUCCUGAAAUUCCUAAGGGGUUAUCAAAGGAGGCUAGUGAUUUUCUCAAGCGUUGUCUGGUGAGGAAGCCAAUGUUCAGGUUCACUUGUGGAAUGCUGUUGAAUCACACGUUUUUCGAGGGUUUAGGUGACGAUUUUGAUGAUGAUGAGGUUGAGGAAUUAGAGGAAUCCGAGGAGGUUGCAUUUUGUUCGUCAUCGUCGUCAGCUGGGGGAGAAUCAGAGGAAUCUGAGGAGGGUACGUUCCGUUCAUCAUCGUAUGGAGAAUGUAAAUCAGAAGAGGCGGCCAGUCGAGAUUUUGACAGAUCAGAGGUUGAGUCCAAAGAGAUACCUUUGCAACCUGCAUAUGAAAGGAAACAUGGUCCAGUUGGUGGUCCCAUCAUCCCUGCAGGGGUCUAA